AUGGCGACGACUGCCUUGGCGGAUCACGUGCUGGUACUGGGUUCAAGCCAAGCGAACGAACUCCUCAUUGUUGAUGCAGCUACUGGAGGCCAAUUGUACUGCUUGAAAAACUGCCGCUCCGCACUUAAUGGUGUCCACGCAAUCCCUCGGACGGACCACGUCGUGGCUGUACAGGAGGGCAAGUUGGUGCUGAACCUCUACAGUUGGGGCAAUAACAUGCCAGUGUUCAAGUGCCACGUCGCCGAGAAGAUGGGGCCCGUGACGUCUUCGAGUUGUGGCAAUUUUCUCUUUGCAGGGGCCGAAUCAGGCAAAGUGUACGUCUGGGAUGUCAAGACGGGCGAGUUGGUCACGGUCUUUGAUGCGCAUUACAAGCGCGUGUCGGCGUUAGCUCUUACGUCCGAGGAUUCGCACUUGGUUACAGCUGGAGAAGAUGCGUUGGUGCAUGUGUGGAGACUAUUGGACUUGCUGGACGCACCGGAUACGGUGUCUAGUUUUCAACAGGGAGUCACGCCUGUCGUGAGCUUUACGGAUCACGUGCUGCCCGUCACCUCCUUGCAUGUGGGUCUAGGGGGCGUAAACGCUCGUAUUUACACAUCGUCUCUCGAUCGCACCUGCAAGAUUUGGGCGCUCAACUCGUCCCAGUGUUUGUACAGUGUUUCGUGCCCGUCUUACGUCAAUGCAUGCGUGGUUGACCCCAUGGAACAGCGGCUUUUCAUGGGCUGCGGCAACAGCGAGAUCUACGUGCUGGACUUGAAUGCUGCUGCGACUGCUGUCACUGCUGCUACUGCACGUGUUGCCAAUGCUUCACUGCAUGGGGCAUCGUUUGCUACUAGUACUAACGCAUCACCAUGGGGCCCUGAAGCUUUGCUUCCCGACUCGUUCAAAGGGCACGAAAGCAGUGUCAUCACAUUGAGGAUUCAUGCCAGUGGUGCCUUUCUCGUAUCUGGAGACGAGAGCGGCGUAGUGCAUGUGUGGGAUAGUCUCAGCCGCCAGUCACUACGCACCAUCAAGUUGUUUAAAGGCAAGAUUACAGCUCUAGUGCUACUUCGUCGUCCUCGACACCUUUUCCGUCAGGCCAAGACCCCAUCCACUAUGGAAAGCGAGGAUACGGAUGACAUGUUGGCCACGCCGCUCCCGGUUGCCCCACUAAAGAAGUACAUGAACGCCACUAAGGAGGAGUGA